CGAGGAGGAGCAACACCGCCUCUUCGACCUGUACCACUACCUGCACAGCCGCGUGCACAGCCCCCACCGGCCCCUGCGCCUCCUCUACCACGUGGCCGAGAAGGAGACGCUCUUGGCCUGGGUGACGAGCAAGUUCGAGCUGUACGGCUGCUUCAGCCCGCUGGUGACGAAGGCGGGGGCCAUCGGGGACAGCGAGUUCUCGGACGCGGAGGCGGGCCCGGGCGGGGAGGAGAACGCCCCGGUUUACGCCCCCUGCCGCAAGCCCGACAUCAACUGCUUCAUGAUCGGGUGCGACAACUGCAACGAGUGGUUCCACGGCGACUGCAUCAACAUCACCGAGAAGAUGGCGAAGGCCAUACGGGAGUGGUACUGCCUGCAGUGCCGGGAGAAGGAUCCCACCCUGGAAAUCCGGUACCGGCACAAGAAAUGGCGGGAAAAGGAACGGGAACACGAGAGCGUCAAGGCCCAGGAGCUGGCAGGCAUUGGGGGUGGAACCGGCCGCCCGGAUCCCCUCCCGGCCGCCUGCAUCCCCCCCCGUUCCGUGCAGAUCAAGCGGUCGGCCCGCAUGUGCGGGGAGUGCGAGGCGUGCCGGCGCCCCGAGGACUGCGGGCAGUGCGACUUCUGCCGCGACAUGAAGAAAUUCGGGGGCCCCAACAAGAUCCGCCAGAAGUGCCGCCUGCGGCAGUGCCAGCUGCGCGCCCGCGAGUCCUACAAGUACUUCCCCACCUCGGUGAGUCGCCUGCGUCCCCUUGGGGGGGGGUGGGGGGGUCCCCAGACGCCUGGGUCCCCCCGGGCGCGGCCCCCCCCCCGGGGGGGGGGGGGGGGCGGGGGGGAGCUGGAGCUGCUGAAGGAGCAGCUGGGGGCGGCGGGGCCCCCCGAGAGCCUCUCGGACGAGGAGCUGCCGCUCGACCCCCGGCUCUACCAGGAGCUCUGCGCCGGCGCCUUCGACGAGCACGGGCUGCCGUGGCUCAGCGACCCCGAGGACGCCCCCUUCCUUGACCCCGUCCUGCGCAAGCGCGCCGUCAAGGUCAAGCACGUCAAGCGGCGGGAGAAGAAGUCGGACAAAAAGCUACUGGGAAGCCCCGAGGGUUACUGGAAGGCCCCAGGGGUUACUGGCGCCGGGCUGGGCCAGUGCCUGGGCCCCGGCUGCACCCGCCCCGCCCGGCCCCCCUCCAAGUACUGCAGCGAGGCCUGCGGCGUCAAGCUGGCCGCCAAACCAAUAGAAACCAGUCUAGACCAGUACAGCCUGGUAGAAACCACUAUAGACCAGUAUGAAGGAGCACAGCGUCCAGGAGCCCAGUCUGGCGCCCCAGUUAUCCAAGUACCGCGGCGAGGCCUGCGGCGUCAAGCUGCCCGCCGAGUGCCGGCGGACGAGGUGUGCGGGUGCCCGCUGGUGCGGGACGUCUUCGAGCUGACGGGGGACUUCUGCCGCGUCCCCAAGCGCAAGUGCCACCGCCAUUACUGCUGGGAGAAGCUGCGCCGCGCCGAGGUCGACCUGGAGCGCGUCCGCGUGUGGUACAAGCUGGACGAGCUCUUCGAGCAGGAGCGCAACGUGCGGGCGGCCAUGACGAACCGGGCGGGGCUGCUGGCCCUCAUGCUGCACCAGACCAUCCAGCACGACCCCCUCACCACCGAC